AUGACUUACACCGCUGUGGUCGCCUACCCCAAUGAGCCGGACACCAAGUUCGACAUUGACUACUACCUGCAGUCACAUAUGCCUCUGGUGGCUAAGCUCUGGGGACCGGUCGGUCUGAAGAGCUGGAAAGUUGCCAAGUACGACAGCGAUAUCACUGGUGCCUCUCCCAAGUAUCUAAUUACGGCCACCCUUGUGUGGGAGAGCGAGGAAGCCGGCACGGCGGCUGUUAAGUCAGAGUCGGCACCCACCAUCUUCGGCGAUAUCCCCAACUUUACCAACGUGCAGCCCAUUACUCUGGCAGGCAGCGUUAUUGGAAGCCAGGAAAUCGCAUAA